AGGCCCAAUCUAACAAUGUUUAGUACCGAAAGAUUGGCUCAAGUCUGCGCUUUUGACGAAUUUUUGUUGUCAGAAAACCAGUGGAGAUGGAGAAGAGGAAAGAGCCAACCUCCAUUGACUUGAAAUGGCAGCCAACAGCAGAGAAAGUAGAAGAAGAAAAAUCUUGGAAAGAGGAUCCGAGCGCUUAGCUUUCAUCAAGGGUCGCCUCCCUUCUCCUUCUCAACCUCAAUUCCACGACGACUCCAAAACAGAAUCUCCUCAGCCGUUAAUUUCCCGCGAACCCCAUCUCUCAGAUCAAACCACUGAUUUUCCUGAUGGUGAAGAUAAGGGUAAGAGUGCUCUCUCUGGUUCUACGGUGCUAAAAGAGGAUCCUGUUUUUGAUGCUGACAAUAUUACUAGUGCUCAGUACAAUGGAAGCAGGGAAGUAUCACCCUUGCCUUAUCAGGGAACAAGCAUUGAAAACUUACGAGCUGCUACUUCGGAAGUUAAUGUUGUAGUACAAUCUUCUAUCUCCUCAUCAUCUGAGGGAACUGCAUCUGUUUCUACAUCAAAACAGGAGCAGCAAUUGGAACCACAGAGAUGCCAAUCUAGAUUAUUUACACCAAGUCAAAUAAGUUCGGCCAUAUCUGCAACAGAACAUACCCGCCUUCUUUGUUCUGUGGCAGUGGCCCUUUUAGUUGUUUUGUCAUAUGUUGGAUUUCCUCUGCUAGGAAGCAACAUUAUAAGGUUUAGUCCUCUCUAUCUAGUUUUGCUGACUAAUCUAACAAUUGUGCUUUCGCAACUUCUAUAUGAUAAUCAGGGUGGAUUUCAGAGGCCUGUCGGAGGAGAAAAUAAUAUUCCUUCAACUGAUGGAUAUGUUUUGGCCCAGCAAGCAAGCAAGGUUUUGGAGGUAGGCUUGUUGCUGCAGAAGGUAAUUGACACAAUAUUCAUGAAUUGCAGUGUCUACUCUAUAAUUGUCAUAUGUGGACUCUGCUUUGUUUAGGAUUUUGCUGAGCAGAUAUCCUUUUCAUUCAUUUUAGAGUAGCCUGAUAUAUUUUUUGUAUGAUCUAGCCCUAGUUGCUAAAUGAUGUUUGUAUAACUGGAUUGGUUUUUCUUCAUACCGUCAAAGUCAUUUGAAAUUUCCAUAUACAAAAGAACAUAUGUGUAGUCUUGGAAUAGAUGCCUUAUUGAACUAAAUGGUACUGUGGCCUCAUGCUUGAUAGCAGAGGAUUA